AUGUCCACCGUGAACCCAUCUUUCCAGGAGGCCAUCAAGGUCACUCCACAAGGUCCCAACAAAUACAGCGCAUUCCUCCGUCCAGAAUGGUGCAUUGGAACCGUCCCGCACGGAGGCUACACAACAGCCGUAAUCUACCAACUAACCCUAACGCACUUCGCGCAUGCCCACCCAAAGCAAUACAAAAGCGCCGCGUCCCCAAUCUCAAUUCAACUCUCUUUCCUGCGACGCACAGCCUCAGGUCCCGCAACCUUCGAAGUCGAGGACGUCAAGAUUGGCGCCCGCACGAGCACAAUCCACAUCAAGCUACUCCAAGCCUCUGAGAAAAAACCCGGCCAGCUGGACACCAUGGUUGCUGGCUAUAUCACAGUUAGUCCACCGGACGCCGAGGUCGGCAUUAGCGCAAACACGGGGUGGAAGCCAUACCCUGCACCGGUGGCGGGUUCGCGCGCGGAUGGGUCCGUUGAUCUCGCAGCGCUAGGCCGGACAGGCACUGACGGUGCCUGGAGGAAGCUCGAGGCGCCUUUCGCGUCGUUCCGUAAGGCUGCGGCGCAGAUUGAACUGUUUGGUCCUGGUGCUGGUGAGGCGCAGCAGAAGCGCUCUGGGAAUAUGGGGAUCGAGCAGUGGGCUAGGUUCCGGCCUGGGGGUGAUGUGAAUGGUCGCUGGACGGAGGCUGCGGUGGCGUAUCUUGUUGAUAUGUUUCCCAUGGCGUUAGAUGGGUUCGAUACUAUGUCUGCUACUGCUGCGGCGAAGGAGAGUGGGACUUCGCUUGCCGAGGAGAAGGCCAAAUUUUGGUAUCCUACUGUCACGCUCAAUGUGGAUAUGAAGAAGCACCUUCCUGCUGAGGGGGUCGAGUGGCUUUAUAGUCGGGUUGAGACUAAGGUUGUGAGGGAUGGGCGGACGGAUCUGGAGGUUACCGUUCUUGAUGAGGAUGGGGAGGUUAUUGCAUUGAGUACGCAAGUUGGGUUGGUUGUUAGUGCUAGUCGGAAUGUUGGUACUAGGAAGAUGGAGAAGUUGUAG